AAUUAUACUUUUUAUUCUUUUUUCUUCUCCAAUCCAAAACAGAGAAUUCCGAUGGGUAAUUCCGGCGGAACACCGCCGUCAUUCUACGCCGUUCUCCUAAUCUCUCUACUGUCCGCCGGCGAAAGUCUCGUUUCAAACGAUACGAAAACUUGUAUGUACGCCGUCACCGUGGAAACAACCUGCACGAAGGGCGCCGACACGUCGAACCACGUCAGCCUGAGGUUCGGCGACACGAACUCGAACGACAUUGUCGUAAGACGUUUGAAUUCAAUGCACGUGAAGAGGGUGGACCCUUUGGAGCCUGAAGUUCUGGACGACAUGUCGAGAAAGCCGUUCCAAGCUUGUAUGGUGGAUCAGUUCCAAGUGACCGGAAAAUGCGUGACCUCGCCGGUUUGUUACGUCUACCUAAAACUCGCCGGCGCCGACGACUGGCGGCCGGGAUUCGUCAAAGUCCGGUCGCUGGAGGGCCCACAUCUUAGCUCUGGUUAUUUCUAUUUCCGACGUGUAUUGCCUCGGCACGUGUGGCAUGGCUUCGACACGUGUGGAGGCGAAGUCACUCCUUUUGGGAUCAAACACCAUAGAAAAGUCUUUGCAGCAAGCAAACAUUUCAGGCAUAAGCUUAAUUAAAUUCCCCCAAAGUAUUAAUUAUGUUAUUAAAUUGAUCAAUUUCUUACAUUGCUAUACAUUUUUAAUUGAAUAAUUAUCUUA